UGAGGCGGCAGAUCUCAGGUAGCACCUCAGGGCUCAGCGAGCGUUCUGUGUCCUGCCCGGGACAGCGGGCGUGGCCGAGAUGUCCAACCCCUUCCUGAAGCAGGUCUUCAACAAGGACAAGACCUUCCGCCCCAAGCGCAAGUUCGAGCCAGGCACGCAGCGCUUCGAGCUGCACAAGAAGGCGCAGGCGUCGCUGAACGCGGGGCUGGACCUGCGCCUGGCCGUGCAGCUGCCCCCGGGCGAGGACCUGCACGACUGGGUGGCCGUGCACGUGGUGGACUUCUUCAACCGCGUCAACCUCAUCUACGGCACCAUCAGCGACGGCUGCACCGAGCAGUCCUGCCCCAUCAUGUCGGGGGGUCCCAAGUACGAGUACCGCUGGCAGGACGAGCACAAGUUCCGCAAGCCCACGGCGCUGUCGGCCCCCCGCUACAUGGACCUGCUCAUGGACUGGAUCGAGGUGCAGAUCAACGAUGAAGGCGUCUUCCCCACCAACGUCGGCACACCAUUCCCCAAGAACUUCCUGCAGACGGUGAGGAAGAUCCUGUCGCGCCUGUUCCGCGUGUUCGUGCACGUCUACAUCCACCACUUUGACCGCAUCGCGCAGCUGGGCUCCGAGGCCCACGUGAACACCUGCUACAAGCACUUCUAUUACUUUGUCCGGGAGUUCGGCCUCAUCGACACCAAGGAGCUGGAGCCACUGGAUGGCUUUAAGCAGAAGACAGACAGUCACAGGGGCUGGCGGGACGUGGACAAAGUGCAGCCCUCCCUCUCGGCUGGCGGGAAUGUAAACGGUGCCAUCGCUAUGGAAAACGGCCCGACAGUUCUUCAAAAAAUUAAACACAGAAUCACCAUGCACUCCAGCACGUCCACUUCUAGGUAUAUGCUCAGGAGACGUGACGGGAGCGACUCAAGCGAUGUGUGCACGCGCAUGUGCACAGCAGCGUCACCCCUGAUGGCCAAGAGGUGGAAGCAGCCAGGGUCCACCCACGGCGGAAUGGGUGCCCCCGGCCUGGCCCCGCUGCACCCUGGAGUGUCACCACUCAGCCAUGGCCCCCUCUGGGGAGGCAACGAGGGGCAGAGGGGCUGUGCGCUCGAGACAGUGCGCAGGCGCGCGGCCGCCGUGGGCACCCGGAGGCGGCGCCGCGGGGACCUCACUCCAGGAGAAACCUACAGCCCGGGAGCCCGGGAUGAGAGGCCACCCCCGCCCCCUGGACACAUCUCCCUGUCCUCAGCCUGUGGCAUUCCGGAGUCCUGGCCAGGACGCCCAGUCAGUCUGGAGUCCAAGUUCCUCCUGAAGCUCUCUUCCAGGACUGAGGAAGGGUCCUUCACAGCUCUCAGUCCCCAGUCCUCCUCUGGUCCCUGCCAGCAACGGGGCAAACGCUUGCGGAUCUCCCUGGGGGAGGUGGCUGCUGCCUGGGCAGGGGUGGACCAGCUAGGGCAGGAAGAGGAUGACGGUGGCCGGUCCCCCAGCACUAGGAGGGAGCGGCUGGGCCCCGAAGCGUGUUGGGGUUCGUGA